UCAUUAAAAGGACUGUCUCAUCCUGACAGUCCAGUGAAAUUCGUCGUAGUGUAAGAGCCUCAGCAUUGCCUCUCAGCUGAAUCGAUUGCUACUGAGCACUGUGUUCAUUGAGAAAAACAAAGGAACACGUGACUGUUUUCAUUGACGUAGAGAAUGCGGUUUUCACGUUUGAUAGUAACGGGCGAGUCCAUUUUUUACGAAGGAAGACAGCUUUAUAUACGUUUGUUUAUAUGAAGGAUAUUACAGUUUAAGUCUAGAACUUGAGGAGUAUACACGUCCUGUGGACAAUAUUUCUUUCUGCCUGGGGCAGAAAACUAUUAUACUAGGUCAAAUCAGUGUGCAUCUAAGAGCUUGGUAUGCGCUAAUAAUUUCUUGUGAAAAUCCUGUAAAUUGUAUUACUUCUAAAGUUGGAAAGGGACUUUAUUUUAAGUGACGCAGAAUUUUUUUUGGAGAAAAAAUGGACACUUGUAAAUUAAUAAUUCAACCUGCAACUGGGGGAAGUUUUGAUGUUCAGGUUGGCCAUAAUGAAACUGUUCAGGGACUACAAUGGACUUUAUCCAGGAUGUUUAAUAUACACAGAGAUCGGAUUACUCUGCUCCAUCAGAAUAAGCACCUAAAACAUGGGUUUUUGAGAGAUUAUGACGUUGAAGACGGUAGCACCUUGACACUUAUACCAAGCAUGGAAACUGGUUUAUCUUUUCAUAAAAAAGACAAUGGAGUUAUGCAAGCGUUAGAGAGUUUAACAGAUUCACAGAUAAGUGAGUUUCUGUCAGGGAGAGCACCACUUGUAUUAGCCAUGAGACUAGGAGACCAUAUGAUGUUCAUACAGCUUCAACUUUCUACGCAAAGUGGUUCCAAGCGAUCCCGCCCCUCUCCAGUUCAACUGCCUACCCCCCAAAACAUGACCGUGCACGAUCAUCAAGACGUCCCCUCCCCUACCUACAUACCACAUACGGGGAGCAACGGAAUCCCUUAUAAUCUACAUCAAUUCCGGGGUUUCCCCGACUCAGAAAAAAAGUGCCAAACCUCUAGCUUUAAUCAAGGUGUGAUGGAGAACUCCUCCGGGUGUCAGGGAGCUGUGAUAGAGAGCGUGGAGAAUCUGGGUCGGGGCAUGUACUCCGGGACAUUCUCAGGGACCCUUGACCCCUCGGUGUACUCGGUGGAGGGUCGUCCCCGUAGAGACCUCACUACCAUCAUCCAUAUCCUGAAUGACCUCCUCAGUGCAGUCCCCCAUUACAAACCACACUCAUUUCUUCACCAACCACAACCAUCAGCCCCAGAUUCCCAAUUUAAAGAAAGACGAGCUCAUAAUCCCAGCUGUACAGACGAAGUGGACAAUGCCAAUAUCCGUAGUAAAGUCAGGCAUCUUAAAAUGAUGAUGGCAGAGAAAAAACAGCGCAGAAAAAACAGACGGACCUCACAGGCUCCUUACCAUUGGCCGAGGAAGCAGGAUCGAAGCUUUAAAUCUGACACCGGCUCAGAUUGUCUGAAUUCUGAAAACCAGGUCCCCCAGGACUCUUACAAAAAUCUGAAAGAAGAAACAGUGGCAGUAUGAGCACAUUGUCUCUGUAACUUUGGGUCAGUUUUCCCCAUAAAGCUGACAUAUCUCUUUGUUAGUUUUUAGGGAGCUUUCUGUUGUGGUGGUAUUUGAAGCCACUGGUACUACAGAAAAAGGCAUUUAUAUAUAAUGUUACAUUGUUCAACUUUGGCCAUUGUUGAAGCAUUGGAUCUUGACUGCUGAUGAUACACGUAUGCAUUUACCACUAAAGCAUUAUGUAUUUUUGUUGAUACGAUUGAUCAGGCCAAGUUGUUAGGGAUGUUUUAAGGACCGGAAGAUAUGUAACAAAUAAAUGCUAGUCAAUUUGUGUUGUGAACAAAAUGCAGGCCCAUGACAAAGGCAGUAUAUUGUCAUGAACAGCUGCAUGUUCAUUGUUUAGAGAACACAGUCUUUGAACAAGUUUACAUACUUGAUCCAAAGACAGUUUUGUAGUGGUUUUAUGUGCACUUUGUAGAGGCAUAUUGUCUAUAUGAAGCAUAACAAUUGUUGUCUUUUGUGGCCAGUAUAUAUAUCAGUAAACUAAUUGUUCCUCACUUUAAUUCAAUAGUGUUUUUGCUUGAUUUACCUUUGUGUCUUUGUUAAGGCCAUGACAUUUUCCCUUCUCAGGUUCCACCCAGGUCAAAAUCUUCAUAUCAAACUGGAUUUUUGUUGUUGAGAGACUCAAUCAUCUUUUUCUCCCAGUUUCCUCAAUUGAAAAAAAUAAAUUACAAAAUUUAAAACUUCAACUUCAAAUAUAAUAUCAAAUAAUUGGUUAUAUAGUCAUACUCAAAAAUGCCAACACAUAAAAAAUGUUUUAUUAUUCAUUCCUUGAAAAUAUGGAGAAAAUGAUGCAAUUUUUUUCCCUAGCUGUUUUAUCUAUAAUUUAUUUUAGAAAAAUACUAAAUGACUCCAUAGGGCACAUAUAUCUAUAUUUUCCAUUUUUUCAGUUUGUACAUUUAGUGCUAUAUAUUUAUUACUCCCUCAAAUUUGUUUUGAAAGAAAUAUAAUGGCAUUUUUUGUUGAUCUCACAUGUACGUUUUAAACGAGAUUUAGUCUAUUGCUGCUAUGACGCACACACAAAUUGUUGUCUCCUGUAUUUAGACUUGUUACGUAGAGCAACUACACCAUGCAUUCUUUACUUAAAACUAUUCAGGUAGACAAUAUGCUAAUUCAGUAACUAUUUUCAGAUAUUUAAAUACGCUUCUUAUGCCAUUAUAAAAUAAUUUUUGUAGGGCAAUGAACAGAUCAACUGCCUGUAUUGGUUCAUUUUAAUAAAAGACUACACGUCAUAAACAUUUUUUAAAAGCUGUGACACACAGACUUGAAUGCAAAAUUUCUCUUAACAUCGACUUCCUUGUUUGAGAUUGUCAGAAAAUCAGACGAUUUUAUCUACACUACAAGUGUUCCAGGUAUUGCCUGUUACUUCUUGUAACAGUGAUCUGGUGUCAUAACUCACCAUUAAAUAUUAACACAUUAAAACAACUUGUGUCCCAGUCACCUCUUGAAUAUCAAACCUUUAUAUAAGUUAUUGAAAUUCCAUGACUUUUUUUUCUUCUGGAUUGAACUUGUAUAAUAUUACUUAUUGACCUUAUCGAUGACUUAAAAUGACAUUUUAAUUUGCACGGAUAGUUAAUUUUGCAUGGAGGAUGUUUUUUUUGUAUUGUAACUUAUAUUGCUACUGUCCAUUGAGCAGGGUUAAACGACGUUAUAUCCUCCUGCUAUAUCCUGUAGGUGGAUCGUUUACGUACUUGUAUAUCAAUACAUUGUAUUUGUACGACUCUGUAGUCUUUAAUCCUUCAUAUCUAUUCAUUAUUUUUUGUUCAUAAUUGUUAUCAUAACCUGGUGUUAGUAAAAUAACAGUUUGCUACCAAUAUUUUCCUUUUGAUGAAAAAAUAAAAAAAAGUUCUGAAUGCAAA